AUGCUGGCGACUGCAAGUGCAGUGAAGGAAGAUGGGCACCCCGAUUGGCUGCAACUCGCCGUCUUUCUUCGUGCUUUAGGGAUGUUGUUUUUGUGCUGGACUGACGACGACAACGCUGCACUGCGCAGCAUUUCAGCACAAGAGUGGCUAACGAAGAACUCGACGUGGGUAGUGGGUGAGGCUAUACCGAGCUCAAUUGAGUGUCCGGUGAUGAACAAGCUCAAUGUGGACCACUGCAAUGCUAAGGAGGCUGGACGUGGCGCUGCUAGACACUGUGGGCUACAAAACGUUACGUUACCAUGGACGCCGGACGAAUAUUUGUAUCUCGUGUUGUCUCACAACAGGACUACGCUGCCUGCAGAAGCUCUGGAUAUAGUCCGUUUCUGGUCAUUUAGAACGUGGUACGAGCAGGACAAUUACGACGAAUUGUGCUCACCUCAGGACAUGGACACGAAGGAAUGGAUCAUCUCGCUUGCAGAAGUGGCUGCUGUAUCUGCGGAUACGGUACAGAACCUUGAUGUCAACGAUGAGCUAGAGUAUUACUUGCAACUCGCCGAGAAGUAUUUGCCACGAACACUUCAUUGGUAA